CGGAGAACCGACCGGGAGUCACAGCGGUCGCGUGGAAUCGUGCAUGGAGAUUUCAGCCAACUGCGCUUUUCGGUGGAACGACGUCCCUUGCAGCAUUCACGCGGCUUUCAUCUGUUCUAGAGACAAGGUGAAGCGGGAUCGCGAUCGCCGAAGCAAAGUAUCCUCCGUACAGCCGUCAUCGCCCGCACCGCAGCUCACUGGUGGUGGCGCCACUAGGCGGCUCAGUGCACCGAAUACAGGCGCAGGAGAGACGAUGGAUGAACACGAGGCUGUAGAAGUAGGAGAAAGCAAAGAGUCUAGCACUGCUUUAGUUGUACCAACAUUGCACGGCGAGGAAAUGGUCGAUUCCUCUACUUCGGUGCUUGGACAGGACGUUUUGGAGCAUUUCUGGAGUAGCGCGAACAGGUUUGACCAUCACCAGGUCGUGGGUCUAUCAUCACAUCAAUCUGGAGAUCAUGAACAAGACCCAGAAGGAGACGCAGAGGAACCAGGAGCUCUUUCUCGCCAGCUUAGUGCAAGACCCCGCCCUUACUGCUUGAGAGUGCGAGCUUCGGAACACUUUAUGAUGGAAGACGAUGUCAUCCACGGUAAUGGCGAAGGAGCAGGCGGAAGACUGAGGGUCGAUGCGAUUUAUGCGACCGCAGCACACCUAAGGCCUUCGUCCCUCGUUGGAGGAGCGUGCUUGCGUGCCACAUAUGUAAGCAGCCGAUUUCUGUGGCCGGUGUCGGAGUUCCGAAUUAUUGGUGAUAUUGGGAUGGAAAUCGUCAAAGGCGCAGGUCGUCCAGGAACGUUUUCCUUCGACCACUACCGGGGAGGAGCCUCUAAUGCUUAUGAAGUAAAACAAAGAAUGAGAAUUCAUUGCAUUUGAAUAUGCCACUGAUUGAUGUUCGUCUUAAUGUCCCUGCUAGUAGACCCGGUCUACUUGCUACUCGUCUCUGUACUUCGUGUGGUUGUGCUUUUAAUCCAACAAACUCGGAAUCCUCUAAUUCCCUGGAGAUGUUGAUACGGUCUCUCGGGACGGGGAUGGUUUCCAGUUCGCAACACAGGGAGCAGGCGGGAGUACAACUUCGCACGGAACUCACGAUCACCGUGGGGUCAGUGUUCUCAACUACAACAUGGGUGCGAAAUGCCUCUACAGAGACCCGAAGCUAAUGAUACAGGUAGAAGCUUUCAUUUGCGUUAAUGUGUGAUAUUGGGUGUUUAGAUUAGGUGAGACGUACUUGUUGUUGUCCUUGAUGUCAUCUGGCUCUGGCAGAGAGGAUCGACGAGCCCCGCAAGGAGAUCUUUGGCCAGAUAUUUUCAUGACAAAAGAUUCCACGAUGAAAGAUUCAUUCAGAUUCAAAUUGUCAACGAACCGCACCACACCAGGACAAUUCUCCGAUCUACCUCCGCGAUUGCGAUUACCGUGGUAGUUAUAACUCGAACGUGUGGACAGUGAUUUCUCGACUACAUCGGCUUCUAUGGCCUGGCAAUGCAUUUGGUGACUUAUUCGGUGGCUCGCCUCGCUCUCACCAGAGCUACAGGUCAAACUUCGACCACAGAAGAUCGAACGAAAAACGGGAUAAAGGCUAUGAAGGGGCUUGUUUGACUUUGAGUGUGUGUUACUGUUAUCCUUAUCUUCCCGGUGAAGGGACUUGUUUGAGAUUGAGUGUGUUAUCCUUAUUUUGGAAGAGGACGUCUCCUUGCAGGAGGCUGUAGUUUCUAGCUACGAUCAUAGAUGUAUGUAUGACUAAGUAGCUCCGUCCACAAAACUGCACACCCUGACCUUCGAUGCUGAAAGCGCUAAAAAGGUAAGACGAAAGCAAAUGACGAGGAGAAUCAAGGCGCGUAUGACUGGUCACCGGGCCAUUGGAUUGAUCAGAAUAUUCUUGGGUCAGGAAGGCUAGGAGCUGAUCCUCCAGAUGCAGCAACACUAGACAACAGCGCCUCUGCGUUUGUGAAUGCAAGAAGAACAGGAAACUUCUUACUGGAGAACGUUCAAUUCACGACAAAACACGAUUACAAAAGCAAUGGAAGAGUCCUUUUGAUGGAUCACGUACUAGAAUUUGACUUUUUUUGUAGAAAACUACCUAUCCCUAUGCAGCGGCCAUGAUGGCUUUCAAGUUUAACGUCUGUACUCUGCAAACAAAUUGAAUCGAUAAAAAUAUGAAAAAAUUUUGUUUCACUUUCAAACCCAGGGUAUCUCUGCCUCCGGCAUCGGUGGUUCCACAUUUUAUCUGGGUUUCAAUGCGCAAAGAGGCGGUCGUUUGUGUCUGGUUCGGGAUCGAGCACGGGCGCUCGUUUUUCCCGACCUGCAUCAUUCAUUGGAUAGUCCACGCGAUUGGCCUGCGACCUUUCUGGUCGUGCUCCCGCAGUUAGUAAGUCUCGGUAUCUGUUUCGCGCUGAUGUGGCACGUCUACUACGGCUUGUGGCUUCUCAAUCGCUCAGAGCGUAAGGUAUAUGCUGGAAUAGUCUCAACGACCAUAGCUGGGGAGAAUGCACUUGGUGGAGAUCGCAUGUUGUCAUCCCAACAAGCAACUUGGCAGAGCAACAACCUGGAAGAGGGCGCCUUUGGCUCACCCCAGCAAAUUGAGGGCUGCAAGUUGACCUAUCAUCUAGAAAAAAUAUAUCUGUGAGAACCCUUUCUUUUUCAAAGCUUAAAUGGAUACGAUCGACAGAUAUGCGAACUAGAUACAUGGGUCAACUUGAAAGCCCUAAGCAACGGGCAGAUAGCGGUAGUCCUGUGAGCAGCGGCGGCUCAGAACUUCGCGGGCGUGCUUCAGAUGCGCUUCGAUCUGCCGCAGCAACAAACAACAAGGCUACUCCACAUAACGCGUCCUCGACAUCGAGUGGAGAGCUGGAACUAAACAUGCCACCAGAGGUCACUGUAUCAACACCACGGGCAGAGGUGAAUGUGCUUGGUCGGUCGAUGAUCUACAACACGCCCCCUGCAGCGUCUCGAACAGAUGCUCUAAAUACCUAGCAGAUCAUACGAACACUAGUACUAGAGAUUCGCGCGAUCGAUUAUCAUGCACAUGCUCAGGUAUCUAUAGGUAAUCGUCAACACCUUCUGCUAUACCGAUUGUAUUCAUGUACUCACUGCCAAUUCUGAGGAGAUGAACGAGAGGUACAACAACGAACAAUGAUUCAUAGACUAAGUAAUCAUGC